UUGCAGGUGAAUAAGGCAGUAGCCACGUCCCCUGUCCAGGAGGGCGCCCAGGAGAGACGGAUUCCCCACCACCACGCCCACCCGCCCAACCAGAGCCCCAGCGGGAAGACCCAGGCCCAGGCCAGCCAAGCGGCGCCCCAGGCCUCAGCCACCCAAACCGCAUCCCAAUCGCAGAAGGGCGUUCGCUUCCUCCCCGACUACCGCUCCAUAUCGACGGAGAAGCAGAGAGACCAGGACAGCUCCGAGUCCGAGACCGAGAACACCACGAACGACGAGGAGGCUCACACGACCGAGAAGUUCCUCUUGCUUAUUGACCAGCUGUCUGUGGACACCAAGAAGCACCUUUCCAUCAAGGACAUUGGGGUCAUCCUCGAUAGGUUAUCUUCCAAAAUUGUUGAUGUUGAAAAGUUAGAUCGAGAAGCUGAAGAGGAAGAUUGCUUUAACUGGACAAUCAAAGCAACAAUCCGAGGUGAUACUUUAAGAGAACUCGGUGUUGUAUAUAAUGGCCAUUAUUACUCCAUUAGUGAACAUCCGGGCUACGGUCAGAAAAAAGAGGAGGAGGAGGAGGAAGAAGAAGAAGUAGAAGAAAAAGAGGCGGAGAAAGAACCCGUCUGACUGUCUUCGGUCAAUUGUGCUCGUUGGACAAACAUGUUUUUUGGUUUGUUGGUAAAAAAGUCAGGAUUAGGUAUGCAAUGAUCGACAAGAUGUGUUUGUUUUUUGUCGAAGUAAUGUUGUUGAUAUAAACAGGGUGCGAAUGUUACGUGCAGACAGUAAGUAAAUGAAGAUUAGAAUAGUGUUAAGUGACUGAGUGCGACCUUUCAAGAGUUCCCCCCACUUGCAACAACGGCGGCUCGCCAGCCUCGGCCGCUGCCUCAGUGCCGCCACGGCCGCGCCACGGUCGUGUGCUCUUGUUUCUAGUGUACAUAGGCGGGAGGAGGCGCCGCAACCACCUAUGCCGCGUGAGAGAUGCCGGCCGUUCCCUCAGUGGUCUGCCAGGGUCUAUCACGCUUGUAUUUAGAAGACAAUCGACGAGCUACCCUGCAGGCAGGCUUUAGCGUAGCUUCUGACCAUCACAUGUCACUUGUUACAUGGACACAAGGCCGAGAUGUAACCCUCAAGCGAAGUGUUCAAGCAACCACAGCCAUGCUAAGUCCCCCCCUCCUGUUGGGUCUGUAGCAGCCAGCUAGGAUCAAGUCCCCUUCCCUCAGCCUGGAUCUCAUCCUGCUUUGGACAAGAGUGUUGUGCUCGAGUCGCUUCGAACAGCGAGUCGACGGCUCGAACCCGGCCGGGAAGCGGUGGCGGAUGGGUGCUUGAGGCAGCUUUGUGGGGCCGACCCCUGUGGCUGCCCGCUGCGGCCUCUCUCCUGCCUCAAUUGUCUACACCGUGGAAGAGACAAGUAAAUGAUGCAAAUAACUAAUGACAGUAAUAUAUAAAUAUAAAUAUAUAUAUAGAUAUAUAUAAUCCAUCCUUUUGUGGAUUACGUACAGCUAAAACAAAAUGGUUAUUUCCUGAGGUCGAGUUUCUACCGCCAAAUUGAAAAAUAUACUUAUAUUUUGAUGAAGUGAAUGAAAACCUUGCUAUACGAGGUAAACAUUUGUGCCAAGAUGAAGCAGCGAGAGGAGGAAGCUGUUGUGUGUUUAGGUGAUCUCAGAUAUGCUCAAAACCAAUGUGUAUGGAAGAUAGUGACAAAGACCUUUUUUCAAAGUUAUUAUUGAUAAUGUUCUUGGUAGUAAUUCAUCUUAUAUAGAGGUGACACCAGUUUUUAAGAGCAAAAAAAAAAAAUAUUUCUUACUUCUAACCCUCGAUUAUGACUAUAAGACAGAGCCCGUGAGGUGUUGUUGGUGCCCGUGCUGAGUAAGAUAGUAUUUGUGUCCCUUUCAUUUCACUCUGAGUUUUAUUUGAACCCCCAAUAAGGUCCCUAUUUGCCAUGUGUUAUUGAAUAAGAAUAUAAUACUUGUUGAGGCUUGUCAUUUAAAUACUUAAGAGUAACUGGAAGCGGACAAAUGUUUUGUUUAGAACUCAAGAAACGCGGCAGACGGUUUGUAGUUCAGUCAGUGGUGUCUUGGUGCCCAUCGCAAGCGCUGUGCCUUCCAAUCAUGUACACUGAAAGCAAUUUUGUUUCCUUAGAUGAGGAACUGCGCUUGGAUGAAGUAAUGUCGGUACGCCCGGGCAUAAUUUUGUUGGUGCAAGUUUUUUGUGCAUCAGAGGAGCCAUCAGCGACUGUCAAACCUUAGUGGGCUGUUCAAGAUGGCCAGCAACUCCCCAUUCUGACUUUAUUUCAAGUUAUGUUACUUUACCUUAAUUUCAAUCUUCUGGUAGAUCUUUGAGGGAAAAAAUAUUUAGCACAGAUUAUUAUUCUUUAAAAAUAUUGAUUUCUUCCCGUUUUUGAUAGUAUGCAGUAGGUGAUGUACUAAUGCCCGACGAAGGUACUGCCUCUGAGGUGGAGGUGCGGCCUUGGGAGAAAGUAUUCGUGGAAGGUCUCUCUUGGGAGAAGGUAUUCGUUGAAAUACUCUCUUGGGAGAAAGUAUUCGUAGGGUUAAUGUUCCCGCCUCAGGGGGUACACUAGCCUGGACUUGCUCCACCCCGACGGAUGACAUCUUUCUUGUGGGUCUAAGAAUAUUAUUUUAUCUUUGAUUAUUGUAAUUCGAGAGAUGAUAUACAUAUAUAUAUCCCCAUGUUGUCAUUUUUCAAUGGUUUUGGCUGUAGGUCUAGCUACUCUGGAAAACGAGAUCCAAUAUUGGCUAACCGGCGAUUAGGAAGAUCCCAGUAAGCACCACGCCCCCGAUAAUGUGUCUUGGAAGAUAGGUAUAAUAACAUGCCAUUUUGAGCCCCACAGAAGACAUACAGUUGUUGACAGCCCCACAGGAAAAAAAUUAAAAGACUUGUUGACCCUUUUGCUUCACCGCAUUUGCCGUGGAAGUUCCCUUAGGAGAAAUAAAAAGAACAAAAAUAUAUAUUAUAAACGAUGAAAAAGUUGGACAUAGCAGACCCUUAGGCAGUGAUCUGUACUGGCAAUACUUUAUUAUGGUCAGUUCGGACUUUUUUGCUUUGUUUGGAGGAGCUGCGGUGAUACUCUAUUAUUGUUAAUACAUCUCGUCGCCAAGAAAGAAAGAUGCACAGUGGUCUUGAUCAAAGAUAAUAUAUCAAAUAUAGUAUGAAUAAUUUUAGGAAAAAUUGUAGGAUCUUUAGAAUUGUUAGGACGGUAUUUUAAGAUAUAAUUUCCAUAUUUGUAUGUCGAAGUAACUUGCAAGCAUUUGGUUUGCCGUCUGCUUUCAAUAAUGACGAGCAGCACUGUUGCUCUGGACUUCAAUAAUCGCUUUUGUUACAUGGCAAAACAAAUGUUAGCAGGAGUUUCUUAGGAUGGUUAAAGUCUGGUUAUCAAUAUAUAAACACAAAUACAAUAGUGUCAAUAUUUAUUGUUGGUAAUAUUACGGCAUUUUAACAACGCACAGCAGAUACUAAUAUGGUCCCGGUUUGUGUCGACUCUUUCAGUCAAGGCUAUUUUUCCGUCACCGCUCUGGUUUAACCCUUUAAAAUGAUGUUGUGACUUAGGUUUAGAAAUGUCUUUACUAUGUUCCCAAUUUCACCAGUAAUAUUGCAAAUGCCUAAACUAUAUUAUUUAAUGUUUAAUGACGUGGUUGUUCAGCUUAGUAAUCUAGCUCUGACGAUCAAGUAGAGAAGCCCUCGCUCGAGCAAAGACAGUUUCUAUGUCUCUCCAUUAAAUACGGGUCAAAACGCACAAUAUCACACACACGCUACUUCGCGUUUAGUUUAGCUUCUCGUGUUGCGUUCUCGGGAGGAGGAGGAGGAGGUGAAGAAUUGAUAAUGAUGAUGAUGAUGAUGACAGUGGUGGUGGUCGUGGUGGCGAUGGUGAUGAUGAUGAUGAUGAUGAUAGUGAUGAUCGAGGAUCUCUGUGUCAUAGAUCAGUGAAAGGGUUAAUGAGAUGGGGAUUAUGAAGAUAAUUAUAGUCUUCAUGGAGGUGAUGAAGCUGGAAAAGGCUAGUGUAAACGUAUCCCGUUUUUAGCUGCCCUUUAUACGUUCGAAGGUUUGAGUCCCAAGACCACACUUUAGAUAGAGAGCAAAAUAAAAUUGACAUAUGAUUAGUGGAGUAGAUCAAGAACAAAAUAUUCAGUUAAUAGGCAAACGAGAAAGGAAACAAUCCAAUCAAGAACAUGAGUAGAGAUCAGUACUGAUACAAACAAACAAGUUCAAUAGUUCAAUAACCUACACGUUAACAUGUUAGUGAACGUUCCGAAGGUUAACCAGAUUACUCCGGGUGUGUGUGAAGAGUAAUCGGCCAGUUCCCGGGCAACACCGGUAACUACCUGGCCCUUGCUCAGGUACUGUUUGCAGCCUCGGCCCGUGCUGUGCGAGGAGUUGCGUGCUCCAGUAGCAUUAUAUACUUUCUCUUUGGAAUUCUGGCGGCCUUUUCCUGUAAUACAUGAUUUUAAUGUUUUGCCAUAUUGUGAGGUCUAUAUUCGCCAUUUGAUAUGUUAUGUCAUGGCUGUAAUAGACUGAUAUUUGUAGUAUGGAGUCAAUAUUAGCUCAUUAUGUGGUUUACACUCUGUGUAAAGGUAGAAAUGUGGGAUCCUAGGAUGAUAAAAAUAGUUUUUUGUUACAGUUUUAUUUGUUUUAACAAAAAUGUCAUUCUAUUAUUUACAAUGUACAAGAGAGGAAGAUGGCCUGGACUAGUAUUGCUUCAGAGCGUGGUAACACUUUAAGCAGGUUUACUGGCAAGAACGCACUCUGAAUUUACAGUCUAGGUCAUUUUUCUCACACUAUGGUCGUAGCGGACCUUGCACUGCCUGUAGCGGUCUCUAUCUGUUCUCUUCCGCUGGUGUAUUGAACUGCCCUGGAGACGGCACUGUGCUAACAUACUGAGGGAAUGGGCCUGCGCUCGGCACUGACCCUCUCGUGCAGGUAAGCGCCUGCAAGAUCUCGCAUGCGAGUUCUGUCAGGAAAGCCAGCUGAUUCAUCCUGUCUCCGAGUGCCCUAAGCACUAUGUAGGCAUCGACAUCCGCCAUGUCAAGAAGGUAGAACAGUGCCUUCUAGUACCAUCCAAUAGACCUGUACGUCCACAAGUUCAGUGAUGACAAAGUGGGAGCAGAUGGCUAAUGGUGUGGAUUCGCUGUGUAGGUCGGGAUGUUUAUCUCCAGGACAGCCAGAGAACCCGGAGCACCUUGGCAUGUUCUCCCACUUGCUCCACUCGAACUCAAAAGCAUUCUGUUCCCACACUCGAGCUCCAGCAGUAGACAGCGGCUUAUCCGAGGCUAGACCCGUGUUGUGCUGGGACACGUAAUCCAGCUCGGCCAUUGCCGCUGCCGUUUACAGAUGACCUCGACCCCUCGUCUGAACUCUCGUCGUUUUGCGACGUUGCCGAGGGUGCGGCCGAGGUAGAAGGCCGCAGGUCGUUUGGCAGAGUAGGAGCUUCGGCAGUAGUAUCGUAAAGGAAUCUAGAGCUCGAGCAGUUAGGAGGCAUCUCCAGGGAAGCACAGAAGAGAAUAAUUUACCAACAACAGCAACAUCAGUGAUAUAAUAGAUUUAUGUCAACUCAGUUUAUAGAAAAUUGUAACCAGGCAAAUCACGCCAAAUUCCUUUCCCCGCCAAAACCAGUAAUAACUAAAGGACACUUGGACUGUACAUGGCAUUGCAGUACCCUCUUUGAUUGCAAUUUUUAGCUGAACCUUGUCUAUUAUGACAAUGAUAAGUAUAAGUCUCAUUAUAAUUAUCAUGAUUAUCCGCUAAUGAUGAAAAUACACUUCGAGUAAAGAAAGUACAAUCUGCACGCCACUCCUCGUAUGGCACGGACGUCUUGCCACCGCCGGCAAGGCCGCCGCACGACCUACAUGCCACCGGAGACACGACCGCUGACACCAUGGCAUGUUUGUCUUGCCACCCGGAGUUAUUGAGGUUAAUCGCGAUCGCCCAUCGAGAACCACGUCUGCUACUGCCAUCUAGAAAGACACCGAGACCGGACGGUGGCCUCGGUGGGCGUGUGGUGUGGGCGGCAGCAAGAGACACGGGAAGGGCGCGCCCGGAAGGAGGUGGCCACGACUUCAGGCCUCGUUUCGUCGUCUUCGUCGUCACUGGUGCUCAUGAGCUGCUCUUUGUAAGGAGGCAGAAACUGGCUCUUCUCGAGACAAAUUACGGCUUUGUUUUGGACUAGUUAGAAUGAAUGCGCUGUAUUGCUCUCUCCUUAGAAGAAAAAAAUAUAUAUAAAUAAAAUACAUGAAUCAAGAUGUUGCGCGACCGGUCUGCAUGCGCGCCGGAGGGUUGUGGGUGUUGUCCACAUGAGCGUUCCACGUGUGUUCGUCUGGAGGGUCGGGCGGCCACGUCCGGCCGCGGGGGGCAAGAAGCCCUAGCCUUGGGGGGGGAGGUUCGGUUGCCGACGCGCACGCAGACCGGCCGGGACGCCAACACCUAUAUGCGUCACGCGUUUUUGGUGCCGUAGUUUGGCUGCCGCAAAAGCUUCGUUCUCCAAUGAGGUCGUUCUCGAUACCAAGUCUUUUUUUUCGUCUCAUUUCUAAAUGAAGCGUUUAUUAUUGAUUUUAGCCCGUUCGACUGUGUUCUGCCCCCCCCCCCCCUCAAAAAAAAGUCCGUGUACGUGGUCUAGGCUCUGUCGUCUCCCUUGGUUAGUGUUUGUGCUUAUGCAUGAGGAAUGGAGUAAACCUUCUCUCUUCAUUGGACAGUUAUGCAUAGUUUUGAAUAUACAUUACUUAAAGACGAUCUUUAGGGUGGACAGUUCAUUUGACAUCUUUGUAAGCAACGUUCAGGGGCUGGUGUGCGGCCCCCGGCGAGAGAAAUGUUGUAUAGUUGUUGUUGGAGUGAUAAUCACCUUGGAAUUUUAUUUGAAACAAUGUAUAAUUUUUGUAGACUAUCUAGUGGUCACAACCUUUUCUGUGAUUGUACAUGCAACUCUGGGUCAACAGCAGUUUUAUGACCGUAUGAUGUGGUCUUAAACAGUCAUUGCAUUUGCAAGUAAUUUGCAGAUGCAAGUUUCUUACCACCACAGAUAAUAAAUAGUACAUCACAAUAAACCAACAUGUGACCAUAGAUCCAAAAUGAGACUACCACAAUCUCACCAGAAUGCAAGAGAUUUCCACAUGGUAAAGUGACCAUUACGUACUACUAGAAUAAAGGCUAUUAUUGUGCUACAACACGCUCACACUGCCAGGGCGGGCCUUGGGGACAUGGGCGGUUCCUGGACUCCCCUCUCCCCCAUCCCCCCCAAGUCCCACCACCCUUUGACACGGGUCACAUCCUGCGUGUCCACUUGAUAUGGAAGUAAAGAGGUCAGACAUCA